CCUCUCCACCACAACCUGCACAAUGGCCGGUCCCCUCUCCGUGGAGGACAUCCUCGCCAAGCAAAAGGCCGAACGCGAGGCCGCUGCAAAGCCGAAGUUCAUGACCAAGGCGAUGCGCGAGAAGCUCGCGGCGGAGAAAGCUGCCCUCGAGUCCUCGUCCUCCAAGGAGAAGGAGCGGGCGGAGCGCGAGCGCCGGGAACGGCUGGAACGCGCUGCAGCCGAGGAGCGGCGGAGGGCCGAAGCCUCCAGGCGCGAGCGCGACAGGGAGCGUGACACGCGCGAUGGCGGGCUCGACUACCGCGGCGGCGACUAUCGCGACCGCGACCGCGGUGGGCGGCGGGACGACCGGCGCUUCGAUGACCGGCGCGAGGGGCUAGGCCCCGGCCGCGGGGGGCGGCGGGAUGACCGCCGCGGCGCGAAUGGCGCUGGGCCAAGUCGGAAUGGCGCACCCAACGGUGCUGGGACGGGCGACGAGCUGGAUACGAUCAAGAAGCGGUAUCUUGGGCAGAAGGAGGAGGUGAAGAAGCCGUGGAUGCGCAAGGCGACGAACAAGAACGCCAUCUUCGACUGGAGCGCGGCGGACGACACGUCGGCGCAGCCCCUUUGGGCGCCUAGACAGGAGCUGCCCCGCAGCGCCGCGGCGAGUAGUGUGGGCUCACCCGCUCCUGGCGAGAGCAAGUUCACAGAUGCGCUGGAACGGCGGCGUGCCGGCAAGGGCGGUAACGACGACCGGCAUUGGAGCGAGAAGCCCCUGAGCGAGAUGAAGGAGCGCGACUGGCGUAUCUUCCGCGAGGACUACAGCAUUUCGUCUCGUGGGGGCAGCAUUCCGAACCCGCUGCGUACGUGGCGCGAGAGCGCGAUCCCCGAGAACAUCUGCGAUAUUGUCGACACGAUCGGGUACACGGAGCCCUCGCCGAUUCAGCGGCAGGCCAUCCCGAUCGGUCUGCAGAACCGCGACUUGGUCGGUCUCGCCAAAACAGGUUCCGGGAAGACUGCUGCGUUCUUGAUCCCCAUGCUCACGUACAUCUCGCGGCUGCCGCCGCUGGACGAUGACAACCGCCACCUGGGCCCGUAUGCCCUGAUUCUCGCGCCGACGCGUGAACUGGCGCAGCAGAUCGAGGCCGAAGCGGCAAAGUUCUGCGGGCCCCUCGGAUACACUUGUGUGUCGAUUGUUGGUGGCCGCAGCGUCGACGAGCAGCAGUUCAACCUCCGCAACGGUGCGCACCUCGUUAUCGCGACGCCCGGUCGUCUCAAGGACAUGAUCGACAAGAGCAUACUCGUCAUGUCGCAGUGCCGGUACGUGGUAAUGGACGAAGCGGACAAGAUGGUCGACCUCGGCUUCGAGGCGGACCUGACGUUCAUCCUCGACGCCAUGCCCCGGCCCAAGGAGGAGGGCGAGAAGUCGGACCGCGUCAUGACACUUUUCUCGGCGACCAUGCCGCCGGCGGUCGAGCGCCUCACGAGAAAGUACCUCCGCAAGCCGGCGACCGUGACCAUCGGCACGGCGGGUGAGGCGGUCGACACGGUCGAGCAGCGCGUCGAGUUCGUCAGCGGCGAGGAGAAGAAGAAGGCGCGCCUGCAGGAGAUCCUGCGCAACAUCGGCCUGCCUCCGCCCAUGAUUGUAUUCGUCAACCAGAAGACGACGGCCGACGUCGUCGUCAAGUACGUGCAGCAAGCGGGGCGGAGCGCGACGACGCUCCACUCGGGCAAGAACCAGGAGCAGCGCGAGGCGAGCCUCAAGGCUCUGCGCGAUGGCGACGUCGAAGUCCUCGUGGCUACCGACCUUGCGGGCCGUGGUAUCGACAUCACCGAUGUGUCGCUCGUCAUCAACUGGCAGAUGACGGACACGAUCGAGAAGUACGUCCACCGUAUCGGUCGUACCGGCCGUGCUGGCAAGGAGGGUCUCGCCAUCACGUUCCUCGACAACAACGACGAGGAGGUCAUGUUCGAUCUUAAGCAAGAGAUCCAGAAGUCGGCCCGGUCAACAAUGAACCCCGAGCUGGCGCGCCACGAGGCAGCCAGGCAAAAGAUAACACGCGAGAUGAAGCGCAAGCGCGAUGAGUUUGACGACUAGUCUCACCGGUUCAUAGAGUAUUACAAUGCCAAAAUAUAUAUACAACCAUGCACUAUGUGCGCUCU